AUGUGAUCCACACCGUGGGCCCGGUGGCCAGAGGUCAUGUGGGCCAGUCCGAGACCAGCGACCUCACCUCCUGCUACCAGAACUCCCUCAGGCUGAUGAAGGAGCAUGGCCUGAGCACCGUGGCCUUCCCGUGUAUAUCCACCGGCAUCUACGGCUUUCCCAACGAGCCUGCAGCUGAAAUCGCUCUGAGCACAGUGAAGAGCUGGAUAGAAGACAAUCCUGAUAAGAUCACUCGGGUCAUUUUCUGUGUCUUCCUCGAGACUGACUUUGCCAUCUACAAGAAGAAAAUUCCUGAAAUCUUUCAAGACAAUGACAUGGAGGUUACAGAGGAGCAGCUGCAGGGAGAUAACAAUCCUCCGUCUGCAAAAUCCAAGGAGGACAGCGAGGAGAGCGGCAGAGGUAAAGAGGAGGCAGGUGAUGAGGAAGAGGAUGACAACGAUGCUGCGGGAAAUGAAGACGUGGAGAUGGAGAGUCAAAACCCAGAUGAUAUCACAGAAACCCCGGAUCCCACUCAAGGAAAGGAUAAUGAUGACACCGAGAACCAGGACAAAGAGGAAGACGCAGGGGCCGACAGCGAUAACAAAAAAGACGAGAAAGACAAAAAAGACGAGGAAAAAGACACCGACAACCCGAAAGAGAAAGAUGAAGAAGAAGACAAAGCAGAGGACAAGCCACCUGCCGAGAAGACAGACGACGACGACGACAACACAGUGAAGUCCACCGUGGAGAUGGAAGACGUCUCCGAGGUCAACAACACCGGCACCAGCAAUGGAGAAGAGAUCAAAGAGCGCGUGGAGAGCCCAGAAGAACCGGAUUCAAUUCUAACCGACAGCAAUCAGUCCAAAGACACUGUUGAGAAGAAAGAAUGACCAGCUGAGGGACGAACGAUCAACCUCAUCUGACAGCCAGCAAACUGUGCGAAGCCAACCACCCCGGUGUCAGCCCGGCCAAUGUCAGAACGGGCUCUGACACCGGACCCAGGACAACCCAGAUACUCACACCAUGCUCACAUCCCCCCUCCUUCAUUUAGCCCUCGUCCCUCUUUGUUAAGAAAACUACUCACCCCCUCUACUCUGUAUGUACUGUAUGUAUAUGUAUGUAUGUACAAAACCUUACUAUAGGAUUGAACAUAUCAAGCAGAAAAGAAGAGCCAUACCUCACUGUGUGUUAAGAGUCAUACUUCAUUUUGCAGGCUGGGUGCGGUGUCUCUUUGUUUCAUAUUUUAACCCACUGUGGGAGUCACACGGCCACAGAUUAACACGCUGUGGGUGAUGCUUUACAUGCGAGUGCGACACGCUGACACCUGCCCUGUCACCUCACACACCUGCAGCUCCAGUGUUUAGCUACAUCAGCCGAUAUUUGGAUCCGGGCCGCAGUCUGCGAGGUGCAGGACUGUCUAACUCCUUCAUUUAACUGUUCAUCAGCACCCACGCACGCUAAAGAGGAUGUGAGCGUCUUUUUCACAAAUCAAAUCCCCCAACCCACCCCCCCCACACCCCC